AUGCCUCCUCGGAUAAAGACGAACCGUAUCCUCUCCUCAAUCUCUUCAUCCUCUUCCUCUACCUCUUCCACAAUCACCACAUCAUAUAACACAUCAAAAUUACAAUGCUCUUCUCGGAGGCAUCUCUCAUCCACACGCGUUGCGCAAACGCGUCUACGUGAAAACAUGUUUGACUGGCUGAACGGACCAGGUGCAGAGCUCAAACAUCACAUCCCCGGAUCAACCAAUUACGUGACACAAUUGCGAAAUCGCAGAGGUGGUGAUGACAAAGAGUCCUCGAGCAGGAGAGAUAAUGAUGCAGAAGACGACGGUGGAUUGAAAACCCCUUUCCCACUAAACCCUCAAUUCGUGUCUGAGCCUAUCCUCAGUGAAGAGCUCUCCAACGAAAUUUAUAAGCGGGUUGUUGAGCAGAAAAAGAGUGUGCGAAGUGUCAGUGUCGAAUUGCGCGUUGAUAUGAGGCGAGUUGGAGCCGUGGUGAGGUUAAAGGAGUUGGAGAAGCGGAUGAAAAAUGAAGGAAAAUCAUUGGCAGUUCCGUAUUCUCGGGCUAUUCAUGAGAUGGUCCCGACUACUCCCUUAGCUGAAAAGGGCGAUUCUCAACCGGUUCAUGAGUCUAUUAAUGACCUUCCGGUCCAUCGCCUCACGGCACCACAAAUAUUCUAUCCUGUCUCUGAAUCGCGCCAGUUCACACGUGUUGAUGCUGGUCGUGUUUUUUCGGCAGCCCCGGCUCUGGAACACGGAGAAGAGGCAAAGGUCAACGUAGAAACUUUGAUCACACCGGAGCAAAGACGUUAUGAAAAGGUUGGCAAGGGUGAUGAAGAACAGCAAGUCCUUCUCCCUGCUGAUGCCCGUAUACCUCACCCACAAUUGAUUGCGCUUGAGCGGGACAAGAUUUCACACUCAAUGGAACGCCGUGAAUAUAUGGAACGGUACCAAGAACGCCUUAGGCAAUCCGACAAACUAGAGCAAGAGCGAAAGAGAAUCGCAAAGGAAAAGGCCGAGAAGAAAUUGACUCGACUUCAGCCAGAGAACUCGAGAUUCGAAUUUCGCUUCAAGGAUGUUGUGGUCAGCAAGGAGACUACAGGUCCAGAUGGUCGGGGCCACAUCGCUCCUGGUCAACGAUAUGGUGUGCCGACGUAUGACAGGAAGAAGGGACAGGUCAAGAUUCCCACGAAGGUGGAAGUCUGA